AUGACUGCAAAGGCGCUGGCCGUCGUCCUGGCUGCCCUUCUAGGCGUCGUCGUCGCUCAGAACAACCCCGUGUUCAAGAAGUUCGAGUACAAACACUCGUUCAAAGCGCCGAAUCUCGCCCAACGCGAUGGGUCCAUUCCUUUCUGGCUGGUAACACUUUCCUCUGGUUCAACUACUUACUGUUUCAAAAAAACUAAUUUAUUUGAACCAUUUUGAGGUAAUCGGUGACUUUUUGGGCAAUCAAAAGUUUUCGGUUCUUUGAAUCAUAAUUAGAGUUCAAUAUUCAGGUGUAUCGUGAAAACUAACCGUCCUAAAAUCAGCAUUUUGUGAAAAAUUUUUUUGUUCAAAAUUGUCGAAAUUUCCAUCAAAAUGACUUCUGAUUAGGAUGAACGUAACGUUGAAAAUUUUUUUACGACAGAGCGGAAUUUGAAAAAAUUACUGUUUUUUUUUUCUAUCUUUGAUCGAUCCGUUUUAUUUGAAAUGAAAGGAAAUUAUCUCAAACUAUCCCAUUUUUUUCUUCAGUUCUGUAAAUAUAUUAGGUGACGUUUUGAGAAUUUUGAUCAGCUGGUCAUCAAUUAUUUGAGGUGAGCGGCGAUGCGCUUGCCUCAGGCGAACAACUCCGUCUGGCGCCGUCGAUGCGAUCCCGGAAAGGCAUCGCCUGGAACAAAAGAGCCUUCACGGAGAGCGAGAAUUUCCAGGUUCCCCCUUUCUUUCGUCUUCUUUCUCAAAUCAUUACUUCAGAUCGACGUCAGCUUGAAAAUCACUGGACAAGGCCGCAUUGGAGCCGAUGGAUUGGGUAUUUGGUUCGUUUCUUCCUUUUUUUUUGAUAGGAUCCUUUUUUCGCUUUACGUCUAACUGGUAUAUUUAUUGAAAAAUCCGAAAAGUUUUUUUUUUAAUUCAAAAAAACCAAGGAAACGUGUGUAAGUAAUUUAAAAAAAUUGCCAAAAAUGUUUUCUCACUGAUUUUUGUUUUCUUUCGUUAACAAAUUCAAAAAAAAGCACGAAGAGGAACGAAGAGGAACGAAAUGGUGCAGGAAAAAGAUAAAUGUUCGAAUUUCUCAGGUAUACAUCCCAACUUGGCUCCCUUGGACCGGUAUUUGGUGCCAACGACUUUUGGACCGGAAUGGGUUUGUUUAUUUCAUUUUUUCUCAAAAUAGAUAAAUUGGUUUUUUGGAUUAGUUUUUCCACUGUGAACUGUUAGAAAUUCAAAGUUUUCUCUUAAAGAUAAAGGGAAAGAAGUUCCAAAAGCUUCUAAAUACGUGAAGUCAGAGAAUCCUGGAAGAUCAUUAUGUCUCUUUUCCAGGGCUGUUCCUCGACUCUUUCGACAACGACGGCCAGAAGAACAAUCCGCAGGUCUCUCUGAUGCUCAACGACGGAACUCGUUCCUACGAUCACCACACGGACGGAAGCCAGCAGAUCCUGAGCAGUGAGUUUCGGCCGUCAAAGAAUGAUCCACUCGGCGUCGAUUGGCAGGCUGCCAGCGCGACUUCCGCAACAAGCCAUUCCCCGUCCGCGUCCGCAUCGAGUACAUGAAGAACGUCCUCACCGUGCACAUCGACGAUGGCAUGCAGCAGGUCCCCAGAUACGAACUCUGCAUGAGGUUCGUGGCCAGACCAAGCGGGAGAGGCUUUCCAUCGGCUUGAAAGAGGAAAAAAGCCUUGAUAAGAAGAAGGAGAAUAUGGUCGAGGAGAGAAAAAACUGGAUAUUUAGUGUCGCUUUUGGCGGUUUAACUAGAGGUCAAAAGCACUUUUGGAGAAGAAGAAAUUUAUCCUCUCCGGCAGAUUCUCAUUUUUCGUUCCCUCAUUUAACUGUGAAUCUGAAAACUGCUUGAAGUUUUUGAAGUUUUGGGAAACCUUCGAUUAGAAUUUGAAAAAGUGAAAAAAUUAAAGUUAUAAAAAAUAUGAGAUAAACGAAUUAAACAAAAUUAUGAAAAAAUGAAAGAGAAAAACUUUCAAACCGGUUGGUUAACACUGAAUAUGAAUAGAGUUUGCAAAAAUUUCUAGUUUACAUAUUUCUCAAAGUAUUCUACAUAGAUUUUUUUACUUAUAAUAACAAAACUUUUUCCCUUUAUUUUUCGAUCAAUGCUUAAACCAGGUAAUAUUCAUUGAACUAUGUGAAACAAAAACACACACAAAAAAAUAGAGAACUCGAAUCAUUUUUAAUUUUUAAAAUACUGAUAAAAGUUAUACUGAUAUAAAUUUUUUUACAGAGCUGAAAAACAUUUUUCCUGCCUCGCAACGGUUACUUCGGAGUUUCGGCGGCGACCGGAGGACUUGCCGGUGAGAAAAUUUUGGCGUUGUCUUUUUUCUCAAAUCAAAUCAAAAAUUUUUUUAAAGAAAGACCUACUUGAGGGUCUGGAAUUUGGUCAAAACUCUUUUUAUAUACCUAAUGAAGAUACUUAGAUUAUCAAUGUGUCCGAAUUUUUAUUCUUAAUGCGGAAGAGAAUCGAUUUGACCGAACAAAAAAAUUUGAAAUUUUGAGAAGAAUUACCUCUUUUUUAAAUAUCAUAUCUUAUCUUUUUUUGUGGAACACUAAGUCUUUUUUCUGCCGUAAUUCAAGAAAAUGUCGAAAAAUGGAUGUGAUUGGAACGACUUCAUUCCAAGAAAAGUGAUUCUGAAAGUUCGCUUUAGCAAUUUCGAAGUUUGAAAUUGAACAAUGUUUUAAAGAUGAACCUACUUGAGGGUCUGGAAUUUGGUCAAAACUCUUUUUAUAUACCUAAUGAAGGUACUUAGAUUCUCAACGUGCCCAAAUUUUUAUUUUUAAUGCGGAAGAGAUCGCUUGGCUCUACAUUUUCAUAGAAUUUCGAAGUUUUUUCGUAAACUAGAAAGUUUCGAAGGUUGAAAAUUUUAGCGUCUUUUUUUGAUGCCAAAGAGUGUUAUUGUCAACCCUCGGGAAAAGCAGGAUGAUUUUUUUUUUUGAAUGAAAAAUAGUCUUAAAAUUUCCUCUCCGGCUAAGCGACUGCUUUCAGAUGACCACGACAUCCUCGACUACUCGGUCUUCUCUCUGUUCAACGAACAACAGAAACCGGCCCAGACCAACACUCAGCUUCCUCAGGCCGAGAAGCAGAAGUACGACGAGGAAUUCGAGCGGCAGAUGAAGGAAUACGAGGCCGAACGAGCCAAGUUCGUUUUUCGGCUUGUGUUUAUGGGGAUUUUCAAUUGGCUUUCACCGGAGAAUAUUUUCAAAUAUCUUUGUUGGGCGAGUUUUGUGUUAGCCAUGUAGAAGCUCCAAGAACGGCUUUCGAUUUUUCAGAGAUAAAUGAAAGGAAUCCAAGAACUACAAUUUGAACUUUAACAACAGAAAAGUCAUUUCGUUCAAAAUUUCAUGCUCAGCUCACUCAUUUAUAGGGUCCAACGUUUUCAAGAAAUGGCUUUUAUUCAAAGUUUUCCCGUUCUUCUAUUCAUUUGAACUUAUCAGGUUUCUUAAAGGGUAAGAAACUGCAGAAUCCCCUUUAAUUACUGCGAUUUUCGUUAACUUCAACCGUUUUGAUUCGAAAUUUCAUAGAGGCUCUGAAAAGGUGUUAGUAAAGAAGCAAAAUACACUUUUCAGAACAAAAUCAGCACCACUUCUAAAAGUCUUUCUCGGUUUUUUGUUCUGAAAACUCUGAUUCUUCAAGAUAACUGUAAUUUUUAUAAACUAAAAUCCUUUUUUUUCAGAUUCAAGGAACAGCAUCCUGACAAGGUUAAGGAGGACGAAUUUGAAGACCCAAAGUAAGCUUUUUUUUUUUUAAAUUUCAAUCUCAUUUCUGAGAGAUGAACAUUUUUUUCUUUACAAUAUUUCGAUCAGGUGUCAAUUCAUCAAAAAUUCCAUAUUUUAUCGUACCAUUAGUGUUAUUAACUAGUCGCAGAAUUAUUUUCAGAGUUUUUCCUUCAGAAUAAUCCUUUUUUUUCAGCAAAUAUUACGAAGAUGCAACUGCUCGGGAGCUCCGUUUGAUUUACGAGAGCCAAAAUGCCAUUCAUCAGGUAGAACUCGUUCCGAAUCUUCCUUUUUUUGAAGUUUGGUUGUCAAAUAGUUCGUUGGGAUUCUUCAGGUUAUGCAAAACAUGGACCAGCGGCUGCAGCAGAUCCAACAGUCGCAAUUGGCGGGAGGAGCUCAGAUCCAGCCUCAGACGGGCGGACAAGGUUGGGACUUGGAUUUUUAUUGGUCUUUUUAGUUUGUUAGAGUUUAGUUUUAAAUAGCAGUUUUACAGUCGCGAUGCCGUCUCAACACUUUUUCGAAUAAUUUUAAUUGAUAGGUUAGAGUUUCUACAUCUCACAAAAAAAUGUUUAAAAAGGGAAAGUUUUAUCCUAAACUGUUUCAAUUAUUGUUGCGAACAGAAAUAUCUCCCAAAUUAAAAAAAUAAUAAUAAUAAUAAUUCAGCAGAGGAAACUUAAUUCUGAAGAAAAAAAUAAUUGUUAAAUAAUAAGAAAAUGAACUUCGAAAAAGAUGAGCACAAUAAUGGAAUUGAUCAGACUGAUCAGGGUUGAGAUGAUUAGCCGGGAAUAAAAAUGAACAAUGAGGCGAUAAACGUUUGCAGCUGUCCCGGCGAUCGGCGGCGGCUUCCAGCAGCACGAGAAGAACGAGGUGAUGCAGUCCCUCAGAGAUCUUUCCACCACGAUCCGCGACAUGAAGCAGUACGUCAACGAGAUCUUCACCAAGACCUACAAUCUCGAGCAGCGAUGGGGACAGGUUCCUUUCUUUUUCAUCCGUUUCCAUCUUUUCCGUUUUGGAAUAGAUUCCACUAUGGCUUCUUUAGGUUUAUAUUCUCCUAAAAUUGAAAAGAAAAGCUUUUAAAAAUGUCUCGAAAAGGAUAAAUAAAAAAAUGUAAAGAGGUGAGCCAGUAAAAAAAUGCAAUAAGUCCGGGGAGAUUAGUUGACUUACAAAAAAAAAAAAAAUUAAAAUUGAAAUAAACUUUAUUUCAGGGAGGUAACUUAACAAAAUGACAUUAAAGCAAUGGUUUUGAUUUAAAAAUACUUGAGAGGACAUGAUGGGCGGCCUCUUUGCCCAUGUAUGGAUUUAAAUUCACUUCGAUUUUGUAAUUUACCGAAAGUUUUCUCCAUAUCUACGAUUCUACAAAUCCUCAUAGUCGCUACGCAAGUUCCUAGUUUAUGAUUAUCAAAAUUGGCGUUUAACAAAAAACGGGCUUGAAACCAAUCACUUUGUGUAUUAAUAUCUCCAAAAAUAGAAGUUUGCGCAAAUAGCGACUAUAAGGAAUCUUGAUCUCGACCUUCAAAAAGUGUUUCGGAGAAAUUUAAAAAAAACUUCGAACCGCGAAUUCACUUCGACAUUUUUGAGAAAUGCCAUGAAUCUUUUUUUUUUGGUUCAAAUUUCCUUUUCAUUCAGCAAUUUUUGUACGUUCAGAGUGCCCCAAGUGGUGGAGCAGGCGGCGGCGUCGACAGUUCGAUGCAUCAGAAAGUGGACAGUCUGCUGAACGAGUUGCGCGCAGUUAGAGCCACGCAGAUACAACAGGUGAGUCUGCCGCUUUCGAUUGCUGCGUUCGCUAUGGCGCAAUCGGUAGAAUGCUCGACCCACGCCUGCGAGGUCGCGUGUUCGGGUCCUCCGCGCGCCGGUCUAUGAUUAUAAAACUAUAUUACUGUUCACGUACUGACUGUCAGUGUAGAAUCUCCUUCUAUGAGACCAUUUUGCAGCCCUUUUUUGAUUUUUUAUUUAAAAAUUACGUUUUUUCCAGGUAUCGGGAACUGGAGCCGCUGGCGCUGGCAAUUGUCCAAACAUUAGCUGUAUUUCUUCGACGCUCUUCCUGGUGAUCAUCUUCAUGCAGAGUGUUGUCAUCGUCGUUGUCAUUUUCUUGAGGUUUAUUCUCUCAGAAAAAAAGUUUAUCAAGCAUAUAAUUUUCAGAGGAAGACCGGAAAAGCCAAAGUUCUACUAG